CACGCCUAUAUAAACAUAAGCUGCAAACUUAGAACUUUCUCAGUCCAGACAGCUUAGCUAGUUCUCAUCCGUUACGCAGAGAAUAAGCAUGGCGAACCUCGUCUACGUGGCUCUCUUGGUGGCAUCGGCUGCACUCGCUAAUGUGAAAGCCGGGUACGUGGUACAAGAACCGUGUCCAACGAAUCCGAACGGUGUGCACUACCAUCAUGGGGACAGUUUCGAGGAAGGCUGCUUCAGAUGCAACUGUUUUGCCGGUGGAUACAGCUGCGUCGAGAUGUUCUCUAACUGUCAGUAUCCUGAAGGUUGUAUGAAGGUGUAUAACGACAACGGCUGUGAGUUGAUGGCCGUUGACCAGGCGAACGUGGUCUGCCACCCGACAUUCUGCGCGCUGAAGUGAGCUGGUAGCAGCGCCGUUCAUCGCCACGUCUGACCAAUGAGGCAUUAAAGCACAUGUAUACCACACAAA